AUAUAGAGGAAGAAUCACACCCCAGGUUGACAAAAGUGUCCCUGGCUUCCUGUUACGCCACCUGUUUCAUGUGGACAGUGGGAAUAAGAGAGAAGCGGGACUGUCAUAAGAUGGCUGUGUUCAGAAAAGAGCUCUGAUGAACUUCUGUCACUCACAGUCAUGGCAUUAAGUGACAUCCACGUGAAGUGAAAUCCUGUGCUUUGCAGCGGAGGCUGGAAAGGUUUUUCUAGAAAAAAGAAAAAAAACAACAACUGUAAAUUACCUCUUCGUCCAACAAACAGUACCCCCACUCCCUCCCCGAUGAGUUGAAUUUGGCACCAGCUUUUAUUCCAGCAUACUUUUGAUUGGAUCUGUUUCACAAUAAGCCUCGACGAUCUGCGUGCCGGCCAUGGUUUGGUGCCGCCAAUUGCAUUGAAGUGAAGGACGACAGGAGAGGUCAAAAAAGGUGAUCCAGACUGCAUCAGAUAAAUAAUGUGUCUCACCACACAUCUGAGAAUUUAAAAUUUUGUGUUUACUCCCUUCAACAUUAUGGUAUGUAAAUCUUUUUUUUUUAACCACAUAGGCUUUUGAAUAUCUUGUUCCCAGUCCUCUGGACAUCUUUAUAAUUUCUCGAGGAUCCUCUCCUCUGGUCGUUUCCUACCUGACCGUCUGCCAUUUUGCAUUAUCUCUCUCGGCCCAGUGAUACACCGUUUACUCCCCACUCCUCUCCACAUUCUUCUUCACCUAUCCAUACCAAUCUGAGGCUUCAUCCUGGCCGGCACUAUUCCAGCCAAGGGAGAGGAGGACUUCCUGACGCUGGCCGCCUCGCGGCUCAGCCGCAGGAAACGUGUCAUUGGCGCUGCUGUAGGUGUGGCAAUGGUUCUAAUACUGUUAGUGGCCAUUCCCCUGUUGGUCCACACAACCAAAGGGGGGAACACUGGAAAUUCAGGGAGCCAUUAUGAAAAGCUUGGAAGCUGCCGGAUGAUAUGUGAUCCCUACGCCACCUCUCAGCCAGGCCAGGAGCUGACAGCUGUCUCUCCACCACCCCAGGAUUACUCUGGGAAGAAGAUGAAGUCAGGGCUCCGUGGGCCUCCUGGGAUCCCCGGCCCUGCAGGGGCACGUGGCCCCCCUGGUGAUCCGGGCAAACCAGGUCCACAGGGGCCCCCGGGUCCAGGUCCUGGUGGCUAUUCGGCCUCACUCUACACUCCCAAAAUUGCCUUUUAUGCAGGGCUACGCAAGCAGCACGAGGGGAGUGAAAUACUGAAGUUUGACGAUGUGGUGACCAAUGUAGGCAACUACUAUGAGCCCAGCACCGGCAAGUUCACCUGCCCCCUACCUGGCAUCUACUUCUUCACCUACCAUGUUCUAAUGAGAGGUGGUGAUGGGACCAGCAUGUGGGCAGACCUGAGGAAGAACGGACUGGUAAGAGCCAGCGCCAUCGCUCAGGACGCUGAUCAGAAUUACGACUAUGCUUCCAACAGUGUGAUCCUGCACUUGGACGUGGGCGACGAGGUGUGUGUGCAGUUGGACGGAGGGAAGGUCCACGGAGGGAACACAAACAAGUACAGCACCUUCUCCGGCUUCCUCAUCUACCCAGACUGAAUCUAAUUGUUACUCACACAGGGAGAGGACUGGUUAGAAGAACAUCAAUGUACACAAAGACAUAUUCACACUUACACAGACAUGUAUGUAUGCAAUUCAAUGCAGAUACACACACAUGCAUGCACACACAGGCACAGGCGCGCACACACACACACACACACACACACACACACACACACACAUCCUGAGAUUCCAACAGACUACAAAGUGUGACUUGAGUGAAAAUCAAGAAAAGAUGAAUGGAAUUAAGUUGAAUUGUGUGAUGUUGAUCCAUUCACCAUGAUCAAUUGAAUUGAUUGACGGCCACCGUAUGCAACAUGAAUUUUCAGAAUAUGUACAGUAUAAGAGCACAUUAAAAUUGCAAGUUGUGACUCUGAAAUAUCUAAAAUAUUAUAAUGUGUUCCAUGUUGACUGACAUUGUGAUAACUAGAAUGUAACAAACACCAUCAGUGUGAUUGUUUUUAAUGCAAUAAGGGUAUUAAGGGUGUCGUCAAUCAAGCUGACAAAUGGAAAUAUAAUUCCAGUCUUUACCGAAGCAGUACUUCACUUAAAUGUCUCUGCUCUCCAUUUUAAUGACCUCUUAUCGAAUAGCCUGCCUAUAUUUUGCGACUGGUCUGCAAAAUACCCCUAAUAAAUCUUCCAAUCUGAAUAAACACAGAUGUUUGACAUACCUUUCCUGUUUCCACAAUGACACAGGACGCCACGUUAAGAUAAAACAAAACAUAUUGAUAUUACAAAUCAAAACAUCAAUUCACAUUUUGUGGAUGGCACUUGCGUGAUGAAGUUUAAAUUGCCAAGUGCAUUAUUGACAAUUGUGUGUGUGUGUGUGUGUGUGUGUGUGUGAAUGUAAUAUGUGUGUCAGUGGGUAUGAGUGGAUACAGGGGCACCAAAAAUGUGACAGCUGCAGUGUUUUACUUAUAAAUGUUGUACAAUAUAUUACAGACUGGUUGCUGUAAUUACACUGCCAUACCUAUACUUAGUAUUUUAUUUUUGAGAGACCCUGUGAAAGUACGAUCAUAUGUGUAAACACCGUAAUCUUGGGAUGGGCUGUCUGGUAUGUUGAACAGAUUGAGUAGACAAUAUUGCUAUUAAAAUAUCUAUACCUA